UGUCACUCUGACAGCUCCUUUCAGUGUCACCUAUCAAUGCCAGUUAGUGCCCCCAAUCAGUGUUGCCAGUCAGUGCCGCCUAUCAGUGCCAUUCAGUGCCACCUAUCAGUGUGCAUCAGUGCCACCUAUCAGUGCCCAUCAGUGCUGCCUAUCAGUGCCACCUAACAGUGCCAGUCAGUGCUGACUAUCAGUGCCGCCUAUCAGUGCCACCUAUCAGUGCCACCUAUUAGUGCCCAUCAGUGAUG